AUGGGGUUUGGGGAAAAGAAAGGGACGGUGAGUCCUUCUGAGCGGAAUCCAAGCCCAAGACCUAAAAGGAGGCCGAAACCUAUUCAGAGAAGGAAGGUGAAGCGGAAAAAUGUGGAGGAACUGAAGCAGGAGGUGGUCCUGGAUGACCACAGAUUAACCCUGGAACAACUGAGUGCCAAGUAUUCCGUGGACCUGUCAAGGGGCCACACUCCUGAAAGGGCAAAGGCACUUCUGAUACAAAAUGGACCCAAUGUGCUUACCCCACCCCCCACCACUCCAGAAUGGGUCAAAUUCUGUAAACAGCUGUUCGGUGGCUUCUCCCUCCUGCUGUGGACAGGUGCCAUCCUCUGCUUCGUGGCCUAUGGCAUUCAGCUGUACUUCAAUGAGGACCCCAGCAAAGAUAACCUGUACCUGGGCAUUGUGCUGGCCGCCGUGGUCAUCAUCACUGGUUGCUUCUCCUACUAUCAGGAGGCCAAGAGUUCCAAGAUCAUGGAGUCUUUUAAGAACAUGGUGCCGCAGCGAGCUCUGGUCAUCCGAGGCGGAGAGAAGAUGCAGAUUCUUGUAAAGGAUGUAGUGUUGGGAGAUCUGGUAGAAGUGAAAGGGGGAGACCGAAUCCCUGCCGACCUGCGGCUCAUCUCUUCACAAGGAUGUAAGGUGGACAACUCUUCCCUGACCGGGGAGUCGGAGCCCCAGUCCCGCUCUCCUGACUUCACCCACGAGAACCCCCUGGAGACCCGCAACAUCUGCUUCUUCUCCACCAAUUGUGUAGAAGGGACAGCCCGGGGCAUUGUGAUUGCUACAGGAGACUCCACGGUGAUGGGCAGGAUCGCCUCACUGACAUCAGGCCUGGCAGUUGGCCAGACCCCCAUAGCUGCCGAGAUUGAACACUUUAUCCGUCUGAUCACCAUGAUGGCCAUCUUCUUUGGUGUCACUUUUUUUGGGCUCUCACUCAUCUUGGGUUACGGCUGGCUAGAGGCUGUCAUUUUCCUCAUUGGCAUCAUUGUGGCCAAUGUACCUGAGGGGCUAUUGGCCACUGUCACAGUGUGCCUGACCCUGACAGCCAAGCGCAUGGCGCGGAAGAACUGCUUGGUGAAGAACCUGGAGGCCGUGGAGACGCUGGGCUCCACCUCCACCAUCUGCUCGGACAAGACGGGCACCCUCACCCAGAACCGCAUGACCGUCGCCCACUUGUGGUUCGAUAAGACCGUGUAUGAAGCAGAUACCAGCGAAGAACAGAUCGGGAAAACGUUUGCCAAGGGCUCUGAUACCUGGUCUGUCCUGGCCCGAAUCGCUGGCCUCUGCAACCGGGCUGACUUUAAAACCAACCAGGAGCUCCUGCCCAUAGCUAAGCGGUCAACGACAGGUGAUGCUUCGGAGUCGGCCCUGCUCAAGUUCAUCGAGCAGACGUACAGCUCUGUGACGGAGAUGAGAGAGAAAAGCCCCAAGGUGGCGGAGAUCCCCUUUAAUUCUACCAAUAAGUACCAGGUGUCCAUCCACCUUCGGGAGGACAGCUCGCAGACCCACGUCCUGAUGAUGAAGGGUGCUCCCGAGAGGAUCUUGGAGUUCUGCUCUACCUUCCUUCUGAAUGGGCAGGAGUACCCAAUGGACGAGGAAAUGGCGGGUGCCUUCCAAAACGCCUACUUAGAACUGGGAGGCCUGGGGGAGCGUGUGCUAGGGUUCUGCUUCUUGAAUCUGCCCAGCAUGUACGCCAAGGGAUUCCCUUUCAAUACAGAUGAAAUUAAUUUCCCCAUGGAUCACCUGUGUUUCGUGGGCCUCAUAUCCAUGAUUGACCCUCCCCGAGCUGCAGUGCCUGAUGCUGUGAGCAAGUGUCGCAGUGCGGGGAUUAAGGUGAUCAUGGUGACAGGUGACCAUCCCAUUACAGCCAAGGCCAUUGCCAAGGGUGUGGGCAUCAUCUCUGAAGGCUCUGAGACAGCAGAGGACAUUGCUGCCCGGCUCAGGAUUCCUGUCGCACAAGUGGAUACCAGGGCUGUCAAAGCCAUUGUGGUGCACGGCUCAGAACUAAAGGACAUGAACUCACAGCAGCUUGACCACAUCCUUAAAAACCACACCGAGAUUGUGUUUGCUCGGACCUCCCCGCAGCAGAAGCUCAUCAUCGUAGAGGGAUGUCAGAGGCUGGGAGCCAUUGUGGCGGUGACGGGUGAUGGGGUGAACGAUUCCCCCGCACUGAAGAAGGCGGACAUCGGCAUCGCCAUGGGCAUUACUGGCUCUGACGUCUCGAAGCAGGCAGCGGACAUGAUCCUGCUAGACGACAACUUUGCCUCCAUCGUCACAGGCGUGGAGGAGGGUCGCCUGAUCUUUGACAACCUGAAGAAAUCCAUCGCCUACACCCUGACCAGCAACAUCCCCGAGAUCACGCCCUUCCUGAUGUUCGUUGUCCUCAGCAUCCCCCUGCCCCUGGGCACCGUGACCAUCCUCUGCAUCGACCUGGGCACCGACAUGGUCCCUGCUAUCUCUCUGGCUUAUGAAUCAGCCGAGAGUGACAUCAUGAAGAGGCUUCCACGGAACCCAAAGACAGAAAAUCUCGUGAACAACCGACUCAUUGGCAUGGCCUACGGACAGAUCGGGAUGAUCCAGGCUCUGGCUGGAUUCUUCACCUACUUUGUGAUCCUGGCUGAGAAUGGUUUUAAGCCUUUCGACCUACUGGGUAUCCGCUUAGACUGGGAUGAUCGAUUCUUAAAUGACUUGGAAGACAGCUAUGGGCAGCAGUGGACCUUCGAGCAGCGGAAGGUGGUGGAGUUCACCUGCCACACGGCCUUCUUCAUCAGCAUUGUGGUUGUGCAGUGGGCCGACCUCAUCAUCUGCAAGACCCGGCGCAACUCAGUCUUCCAGCAGGGCAUGAAAAACAAGGUCCUAAUAUUUGGGAUACUGGAGGAGACAUUUCUGGCUGCCCUUCUGUCCUACACUCCAGGCAUGGACCUAGCCCUUCGAAUGUACCCACUCAGGAUAGCCUGGUGGUUCUGUGCUGUUCCCUACAGCAUUCUUAUCUUCAUCUACGAUGAAAUCAGAAAACUCAUCAUCCGUCAGUGGCCUGGCGGCUGGCUGGAGAGGGAGACUUACUACUAAACUCGGCAGAGGAGAGCUCCACACAGCUCUGGGAGUCGUAAGAGCCCGGAC